AUGAGUGCCUGGUGCUGCGUCGUGAUCAUGGUGUCCACGAUUAGUACCGGCGUCUUGUCCCCAGCGCCGAUGAAUGCUGAAGUCAAAGAGGCGUACGAUCGCCAAUACUGGUAUGCGCAGGCGCAGGAAACGUUACAGAAGAGGCUUCAGUAUGCGACUGGGAAGAACCCCGUAGCUAAGAACGUAAUUCUUGUGGUUGGAGACGGUAUGAGCUUGACCACAGCAACAGCCGCAAGGAUAUUGAGAGGUCAACGUAGAGGACAAAGUGGAGAGGACACUGACUUAGUCUGGGACACGUUCCCAGCUGUGGCUUUGGCUAAGACGUAUAACGUGGACGCUCAAACUGGCGAAUCUUCAGCCUGUGCCACAGCCCUGUUGUGUGGUGUAAAAGCCCGUUAUGAAACCCUGGGAUUGGAUGCGGGCGGGCGCUUUAAUAACUGCGCUUCCACUAUUAACUCCAAAGUCACUUCCUUGAUUGAUUGGGCGCACGAUGCUGGAAAGUCCAGUGGAAUCGUGACGACUGCGCGAAUAACUCACGCGACUCCGGCUGCCUUAUACGCCCAUGCACCUUCGAGAUAUUGGGAAGAUGACAGCAGGGUCCCGCCCACAGUUAGACGCGACUGCAAGGACAUCGCUUUGCAGUUAGUUGAGAAUGAACCUGGAAAAAGUAUUAAUGUUAUAAUGGGCGGAGGACGUCGGCAUUUCCUACCGAAUGUAACCCCCGACCCUGAACACAAAAAUCGGGAGGGCAGAAGACUCGACGGAAGAAAUCUCGCAGAGGACUGGGCGCGAGAAAAGAAAAGAAGACAUUUACGAGCACAGUACAUACACACGAGGGAGCAGCUCGCUAAAUUAGAUCCAAGAACGGUGGAUUAUUUAUUAGGUCUUUUCGAGUAUUCUCACAUGGAGUUCAAUGCUGAGCGAGGAGCGAUAGCAGAUACAGAAGAUGGUACACACUCAGAAGGGAACGCUAAAGCUGAAGACCCUUCUUUAGCUGAUAUGACUCGCGCCGCUCUUUCGAUUCUAACCAAAAAUGAUAAGGGAUUUUUCUUAUUAUUAGAAGGUGGUAGAAUAGACCACGCGCAUCAUUACAAUAACCCAUACCGAGCACUGGAUGAGACCCUGGAGUUGGAAACGGCGUUAUUAGCGGCGCUGGAAAAAGUAAACCCAGCGGAAACGUUAAUUGUGGUUACUGCAGAUCAUGGCCACGUUAUGACUUUUGGUGGUCAAGCGACACCGAGAGGUCAUCCUAUUUUAGGUUCAGACACAGUCCCAUCUGACAUUGAUGGAUUGAAGUACACAACUCUAUUGUAUGGCACUGGACCUGGCCAUUCCGAACCAAGAGCACUUCCCUUCAACGGAACCUCCUCAAUGUCAGUUGAUGCAGUACAUGCUGCAGCGGUGCCAAGGCAGUGGUCUACUCAUGGAGGAGAGGACGUACCCAUUUAUGCUUUGGGUCCAAUGGCCACAGUUCUAUUCACUGGAGUAGUAGAACAGAGCUACAUACCACAUGCGAUCGCGUACGCGGCCUGUUUAGCUCAUCAAGCGCGACGAUGUAUGGAGACCGCAUUCAAUUUUACGAAACCACAAAUAAAAAUACCAAGCUGCGUCCCCCCAGAAGUAAGCAGCGUAUCAGCACCAGAUGAGACAAGGAACGACGCUAGCAACGGACGUCGCGUUAUAGUAGCUUCGAGCGUCAUGUCUGAUGAAAGAGGAACGCGGACGUCCGCUGUCGCUCCGCUUAUGACCGACCUGUACCUUAUUAUAAUCGCAUUAUACUUUACUGUAUCGGCCGCCAAGAACUCUCUCAGCGAAUCUAUAACAUCCGGGCUUAAUAAUGAAAUUUUAUAA